GCCAUCAUCGUCUUCGUCUUUUGCCGUUGACCCAUUUAAAUUCCGCAAAACCGUUCUCUUCCUCUGUAAUCUUUUCUAAAACUCUUCUCCCUCACAUCCUAUCCUUCUCCCUCUCUCGUGCUGCCCAAAUCCAACGAAGACGCCAUGUCAGCUCCACCUCCACCUUUCGAUCCGGCUAAGCCAUCGACACCAAUCUCCUUCCCUGUCAAAACUCUUCAAGACUUGAAGUCUCGCUCUUACUUCGAUUCCUUUCAUUUCUCCUUUAACCGCUCCUCCGUCUCUCUCCGCCGGAACACCGUCGCUUUGCCGGACCGAUCUAGGCUCCUGGUCUGCCACGACAUGAAAGGAGGGUACGUCGACGACAAGUGGGUACAAGGUUGCGGGAACAACACCGGCUUCGCGAUCUGGAAUUGGUACUUGAUGGACGUGUUUGUCUACUUCUCCCACUCCCUCGUCACACUUCCUCCUCCUUGCUGGACCAACACUGCUCACAGACAUGGCGUCAAGGUAUUAGGGACUUUCAUCACAGAAUGGGACGAAGGGAAAGCUACGUGCAAAGAGUUGUUGGCGACAAAGGAGUCUGCGCAGAUGUACGCAGAGCGCUUGGCAGAACUUGCUGCUGCUCUUGGCUUUGAUGGGUGGCUGAUAAAUAUAGAGAACGUAAUAGAUGAAGUUCAAAUUCCAAAUUUGAAGACUUUUGUAAGCCAUCUAACAAAAGUCAUGCAUUCAUCUGUACCCGGUGGUUUAGUUAUAUGGUAUGAUAGUGUCACUGUGAAGGGUCUUCUUGCUUGGCAAGAUCAGUUGACUGAAAUGAACAAGCCUUUCUUUGAUAUAUGCGAUGGAAUAUUCAUGAACUAUACAUGGAAGGAGGACUACCCCAAAGCGUCAGCUGAAAUUGCUGGUGACAGAAAGCAUGAUGUCUACAUGGGAAUAGAUGUUUUUGGCCGGGGAACUUUCGGAGGUGGCCAAUGGACGGCAAAUGUUGCCCUUGAUUUGCUGAAGAGAAACGAUGUAUCAGCUGCCAUAUUUGCUCCUGGAUGGGUAUACGAGACCAACCAACCACCUGAUUACCAUACGGCACAGAAUAAAUGGUGGUCACUUGUUGAGAAGUCAUGGGGAAUAGUUCAAGCAUAUCCAGAAUCCCUACCUUUCUACUCAGAUUUCAAUCAGGGCCUUGGUUCCCAUGUUUCACUCGGAGGUCGAAAAUUGUCAGAUGCUCCUUGGUACAACAUCUCAUGCCAAAAUCUGCAGCCUCUCCUAGAAUUCAAUAAUUCAGGGAUCAUGCAGGUCACUGUCGAUGGUCGAGAAGCAUCUUAUAACGGAGGAGGAAACGUCAGUUUCAGAGGAAAAUUAAAGAGGGGCUCACAUUUCACCGCAAGACUCUUCAAACCUCAGCUUCAGCUUCCUGCUUCCCCCAUCUCGAUUUCCUACUCCGUGAAAUCAGAUGAAAGAUCAGUUCUAGGCAUUCUGCUCCGUUUUUCAUCUUCUUCAAAGGAGACAAAGUCCUUACUUAUGGCGCCAAAUGAAUCCAUCCACAGAUUCGGCGACAUGUUCCUGCCAUGUCUUCUCACAUCAACGCAGACCACAUCCGAUUGGACAGUGCACGAAACAAACCUCGUUCCUGAUGGACACACACUGACUGAGAUCUCUGCCCUGUGCUACAGACCAGGUGAUCUCGCAGAGGAAACAAACACAGUAGAAUACUUCGCAUUGCUUGGGCAUAUCUCCAUCAAGUGCCAGCAAAAGACCAAGCUUUUUCCUCCGGCGUCAUCGUGGAUAAUCGAGGCUCAUAACAUACAGUUUGCACCGGGUAAUUCUGGCUCCAGGACCUUAAGUUGCAAGCUAGAAUGGAGACUGAAGCACCCUGAAGAUUCUGUGUUUACAAGGUACAAUGUGUAUGCGGAGCAUCUAAACUCGAGUGGUUACAGGGCAAGGAAGGUUAUGGAUGAACCGAGAAGCGACAAGGUGUUUCUUGGAACGGCUCAUGUUGAUGCUUAUUAUGUUUCUGAUCUGGCCAUUGGAUCAGAUGUGGAGGGAGUCCGGUUCGUGGUUCAAACCUGUGGUGAAGACGGUUCAUUGCAGGAGCUCGAUGCUUCCCCUAACCUUCUGGUUGAUGCAGAACGUUUCCUUUCAAAGCUUUGUUGUUGUGGGUUGGUUUGAUUAUACGGCCCAUCUCCGAAUUUGCAAUUCCAUGUGAUAAUAAAGAGUAAAUGAUAUGUCUCCGAUUGCGAACCAUAAGAUAAUUUACGGCCCAUCUGAUUGAUGCAAUAAAAAAUAAGGGA